AGGACGAGAUGGCAGACGAGCUUGAUGUUGAUGCAAUGCUGGAGGCUCCUUACAAGAAAGAUGAUGACUCAGCAACCGGCAAUGCAGACUCGGAUUCCAAACAGAAUGGACAUUCCAAAAGCAGUUCGCGGAGGGACCGUGACAGUAGCAAGGAUCGUGACAAGGACAGGAGCAAACGACGGUCACGGUCAAGAGAUCGUCAUACUUCGCGUCGUGGUCAUAGGUCAAAGUCCCGUGAUCGCAGAUCCAAAUCUCGUGAUCGCAAGAGAUCCAGGUCACGCGAUCGUCGGUCUAAAGAUCGUGAUACAUCGAGGCGUUCCAAGGACAGGCUAGAUCGCCCUCGUGACAGAAGUCGCCGUUCAUCUAGAGACAGAUCGCGCAGGUCUCGGGAUAGAAAAAGAUCCGUCAGUAAGUCGAGGGACAGGAGGCGAUCGAAGUCGCGAGAUAGGAAGAAGUCACGCAGUAAGUCCAAAGAUCGCAGGAAGUCUAGAGGCACUAGGAGCCGUUCUAGGGAUCGCAGGAGGCGCAACAGGAGUGGCAGCAGAAGGAGGAGUCGCAAUAGGAGCACCAGUCAUGAAAUUCACAUCGAAACUAAGAGGCAACUUACGGCUGAGGAGCGCGAUGCCCGAACUGUGUUCUGCAUGCAGCUGUCGGCACGUAUCAAGGCGCGGGAGCUGGAGGAAUUCUUCUCUGUAGUGGGCAAGGUGACCGACGUACGGAUCAUCACUGACGCUAAGACGCGGCGCUCGAAGGGCAUCGCUUACGUCGAGUUUGAAGACGUAGAAUCUGUGCCGCUGGCACUGGGAUUGGCGGGUCAGAAAUUGCUCGGUGUCCCUAUUGUGGUGCAGCCUACACUGGCUGAACGCAACAGGGCUGCUAAUAUGAACAAUCCUGACCAUGGUACCAAGCCUGGGUCUGGCCCCAUGCGAUUAUAUGUUGGUUCACUUCACUUCAACAUCACCGAAGAAAUGCUCAGAGGAAUAUUUGAGCCUUUCGGGAAGAUAGACGUUAUUCAACUCAUAAUGGAUUCAGAAACAGGACGUUCGAAAGGUUAUGGAUUUGUAACGUUCCACAACAGUGAAGAUGCCAAGAAAGCCCUGGAGCAAUUGAACGGCUUCGAGCUCGCUGGCCGCCCCAUGAAAGUAAACCACGUCACCGACCGCAACGACAACAGCCAAGGCAGCUCAUUGCUUGACCUCGAUGAGAAAGAAAGAACUGGCGUCGAAUUGGGAGCGACUCAGCGACUUCAGCUUAUGGCAAAGCUUGCGGAGGGCACUGGGCUGCAGUUACCUCCUGCUGCAGUGAACGCUCUGCACAUGCCCAUACAAGCUAUGCAGGCUUCCACGCCUCCUAUCGCCACGCAAUGUUUCCUACUAUCCAACAUGUUCGACCCGACUUCAGAGCAGGCUCCUAACUGGGCCAACGAAAUCCGCGACGAUGUAAUCCAAGAGUGCAACAAGCACGGCGGUGUCUUCCACGUCUUCGUUGACAAGCAGUCGGCGCAGGGCAACGUGUAUGUCAAGUGCCCAUCUAUUGCCACUGCCGCCGCAUCUGUCAAUGCCCUACACGGCCGUUGGUUUGCUGGUAAAAUGAUCACGGCAGCGUAUGUGCCAGUGAUGAGCUAUCACUCGCUUUUCCCGGAUGCCAUGACUGCUCUUCAACUUCUGCCACUGGGCAUGUGAGGAGGGAUUAGUUAUCUUCGCAUCUUAGUUUCGAAAUAAUACGAAAAAAAAGUCGACAUUUAUUUUGCAAUCGUUUCUAUAAAUUUCGUGUUUCUUUAUUAAGUGGGCUGAUGAUUAACGUGGGUGGUUCACAUCAGUGGGCCCUUUGAACGUUUGUUGGUAUCAGCAAUAGUUAGGAGGCAGUCCAGCAAUAACUGUUUUCGAACAGCUACUGCCACUAAUCGUGGUUAAGAGAUUAAGAAUCGACGAUUGGAGUGAUCUGUCUGUUAGACAGGCAAAUUGCCUGAAGUUAGGGGAUGACGAGCCGAUAAUGGCUUCAUGUUUACUUGCUGCGAAGUUUGUUAAUGAUCGAUCCCGGACUUCUUAUGCAGUUCUCACUCCGCCAUAGUGAACUUCGUUUCAGUUCGCAGUUCAUAUUUAAUAAUAGAUGGCAUACUCUUCCCGUGAUGUUCACUUUAGAACUUAAUUAAACGGGACAGUAAAUUUUCUCAUCUACAUAUUUUCUUUAAUUUUUAUUUAAAAAACGAAACCUCAUAAGUGACGAGACCCUUACCGCCCUGUUCUCUGCUGAAUUCUGCGAGUAAUGGAUGUAUUGAAGAUUCACGUCCACGAACUUGGUUGCGAGUGAUGUAUAAUAAUGUUGGGCAUUUCGUGCUCAACAUCUAAGGGCUCUUUUUCGAUGAAUUGAUCAUGCUAUGUAUGUUGAUAAAUAAAAUUCACGUAUGAAUGUUUUGAAGUCGUAGUAUUUUUCCAGAAAAAAACUUGCUGGUAUUACUUUUCGUUUGAGGCUGCUUUAGUCCUCGUAUUUUGUACUGAUUUGCACUGCAUUACCCACAUAACUAGUGCCUGGCCAUAAGAAUUGUAGUUUUCGUUAGGUAAAUUUAUUAAGUUUCCUAUGCAUUGAUCCCGAAUACACUACAGAAAAUUCAAUUUCUCCAGAAGUCUUUGUGAAUAAUGUUUAAAAUAGUACCUUGAAUGUACGUUUGUCUCACUCGUAUAAAGAUGUCUUGGUUUAAAUAUAUACCUAUAAGAAACAA